GCGGGGAGGGCGAUUGGACAAGGAGCGUGGGAAAGGAGGUGGAAGUAGCGAAGAGAGGGAAGGGGAGCGAAGUAGGCAAGAAGGACAACCGGGACUUUAGGAGGACUGAGGGACAAAUGGUGGGGAAAGGGGGUGGUGUGUCCCUCCCUAUUUAGUUGGUGUUGCCGUGAGAGGCGGAGCCUGCGUGGGAGAGGGAAUCGCGGGUGAGGGGAAGGCUUCUGCAGGAGCAAGUGGGGUGAGUCGGUUAGGGCAGGUGGGCCCUUGUCUAGUCUUGGGGCUAACAGCCAGCCCGGCUCCGGCCGUGGAAAGAGCGCAUGGGCAGGGCAAUCUAGAUGAAAAGAGUACCAAUGAAUCUGCCUCUAGCCCAGUAAAACAUGGAGAGGAAAAACCCAUCCAGAGAAAACCCCAGAAGACUCUCCGCCAAACUAGGCAAAGGCCCAGAGAUGAAAAAGGUGGUUCGUCAACUCGGCAUGGCUGCUGCUGAAUCGGAUAAGGACUCUGGAUUUUCAGAUGGGAGCUCAGAAUGUCUGAGCUCUGCAGAGCAGAUGGAGUCUGAGGACAUGCUGAGCGCCUUAGGCUGGAGCAGAGAAGACCGGCUGAGGCAGAGCUCCAAAGCUGCAAACACCUUCCCUAGCCUGUCCCCCAUGGUCAUCAUGAAGAACGUACUGGUCAAACAGGGCAGCAGCUCCUCCCAGCUCCAGUCCUGGACUGUGCAGCCCUCCUUUGAAGUGAUCUCCGCCCAGCCACAGCUCUUAUUCCUUCACCCUCCUGUGCCAUCUCCUGUUAGCCUAUGUCAUGCUGGCGAGAAAAAGUCGGACUCCAGGAACUACUUGCCCAUUCUAAAUUCUUAUACCAAAAUAGCUCCACACCCAGGCAAAAGGGGCCUCUCCCUCAGCCCAGAAGAAAGAGGAGCAAGUGGAAUGCAGAAGAAAAUCUGCGCUGAGAGACUUGUGCCGAGUUUGUCUUCCAGUGAGCCAACCAAGACUGGUGCUGUCCCUUCUAGUCCCUCGACUCCCGCACCACCCAGUGCCAAACUUGCAGAGGACACAGCUCUGCAGGGUGUGCCCUCCCUGGUGGCCGGUGGAAGUCCACAGACUCUUCAGCCAGUGUCCAGCAGUCACGUGGCUAAAGCCCCCAGUCUGACCUUCGCGUCCCCCGCCAGUCCCGUCUGUGCAUCAGACAGUACGCUACAUGGGUUAGAGAGCAGCUGUCCCCUCUCCCCACUGCCAGCUAAUUAUAGCUCACCUCUGUGGGCUGCGGAGCACCUCUGCCGCAGCCCAGAUAUCUUUUCAGAGCAGCGGCAGAGCAGACAUAGGCGCUUUCAGAAUACCCUCGUAGUUCUUCACAAAUCUGGUUUGCUAGAGAUCACUUUGAAAACCAAGGAGUUGAUCCGUCAGAACCAGGCAACUCAGGUGGAACUAGACCAGCUAAAGGAGCAAACCCAGCUGUUUAUAGAGGCCACCAGGAGCAGGGCCCCUCAGGCUUGGGCCAAACUACAGGCAUCUUUAACAUCUGGGUCUAGUCAUAGUGGCAGUGACCUAGAAGCGUUCUCGGAUCACCCAGACAUAUAGCACAAAAACAUAUUGUCCUGUUACUUGUGUGGUUGUUUUAACUCUUGCUGUUACCUACUCCUAUUUCUCAAAACUUAUGUGAGAGCUUUUCCUUCUAAACUUAACUAUGUAGCAGUUUACUUAGGAAGCCAUGUGCCAAUACCUGGCUGUUAACCUGUGGUCUGGGCACAGAUUACAUAUGUCUCCAUUCCACUGAGAACCUCAGGUUUGGAGUGCUCUUGAGUCCCUUUCCCUUAGCCUGCAAGCACUUAGAUGGAUCGGGGGUGGGGGUGGGGCUGGCAAAGCAGGAGAGGUGAUUGUGUGGGGCUCUUCUAGCUAUCACCUCCCAUCAUCCCACUCAUAACCAGGAUCAAGAGUGUAGUAACAGCAGUGAGCACGUAGGGUGAUGCCUGUUGAGCCAAGGAGUCAGCAACUAAAGAUACCUUCAUGGAUCUUCCCUUGCCUGUCUUAGUCACCUGGAAAAAUAAGAGGUGUGUUUGCAUUCCACAAGGCAUUGUGCCAGUUGAGGAAAACCUGAGAUGCUUUGGGCAUAGGUGGUGCCUGGGUGCAAGCACCUAAUCACUUAAAGCUUUGUUUUCUUAAACUUGAAAGUCAAGGGGAAAGGAUAGUACCUCUUGACUCAUACACUUUCAUCACAAGCCAGAUUUAUCUUCAUUUACACUAGUAGGCAAAAUACUUCAAAUUUCUGAUGUAUGGAAUGGAUUCAGAAUGAUCUGGAAUUGUAGUUGAUGCAUUGCUCUUUUGACUUAGAGACUGAAGAAAAUAGAACUGCCCGGCAUCUUCUGGUCAAGAGCUGGAAGAUUCUGGUAACUUAGGCUUUUUGUCCUGUCUUUUGAUACAGUGCAAACUGUUUUAUGUCUAAAAAUCUUAAGGAUAUCUUAAUGGUUCCUGGAGGCAUAGUAUAAGUUAACCCUCUGUUGCCACCUUGGUUUUUUUUUUUUCCUUAGUUUUUGUAAAAGGAAAGAAGUGAUUAUUAUGCUUGAUAAACUUUGAAUUAAAUAAAAUUGUCUUGAGGAUAUGAUAAUACAUCCACAAAAAUUAGAAAACCAUUCUUUUUAUCAAUUUUCUUUAUCCAUCCCAAGUUUUCUGUUGUUCCAUGCUGUAGUUGACAGAGAGCAAUUAUAGAACAGAGUCCUCUGCAUUUCUUUCGUGUGUUAGAUGUUGGCAACAAAGCCAAAGGUGUGAUGUUAGUCAUGAAAUGGAGAAUUCCCAGAUGAUACACAUUCUUUUCAACUAGCAUAGGCAACUAGAUUUCUAAGUAGUAACGUUUAAAAUAUUCUCUCAUUUAAAAAUGCCAUCCUCUUGAAAAUCUUUGUUGUUUACAGUUAUCCAUGUGACCAGCUUCAUCUUUUCUGCAAAGAAAAUGUUCUUGAAGUUUUACCAAGACCAGAAGCUAAUGAUAAUAUUUACUAGGUAGCUAUAACUAUCACAUAGUUUAAAAAUUAUACAGCUUCAGAUUGCCUAUACUUUGUUCACAAACAUGCAGUUUAAAUAUGGCUGAUUUAGAAAUAACUCAAUAACGAUCUCUAGACUCCCCGAUCAACGCCAAAUUACUACCUGCCAUUUGCUUUCUGAAAGAAUUUCAAAAACCUGAGCAAAUGUGUCUUUAAGCAGACUCAACUCCUUUUAAUAUUUUUCUCAUGGCCUCCCUCUGUGCCCCCGAAUCUGUAUGGUGCUAUUGCAGCUCUACUCUGUGCACCAUGCUAAGAAGCUUCCUUUUUGGCAGAAUAUGUUGGCAGCAAAGCUAUAGAGACAGGUGCAUUCAGAACAGCCUGGGCACCAGUCAUGAGUCUUACUGAGUGUCAAAAAUCUGAAAACACUUGCUGAGAACCAAAUUUAUUCCAUUGGAAAAGCCCUCUGGAGCUAUAAGCCUCUUGGACUUUUCCUUCCUAGAUUAAGUCUUGCAUUUCCCUUCUUGUCUGGUAAAAGAUGAUGAAAGCCAUUAUCCAUUCUCACUGCUGAGUGGCAAGGAGAAGCAGCACCACCCCCAACUCUUCUCUAGUAACAUAGUGCUAAAGUCUCUCUGUGCUGUUAGCAUGGGUGUUCUUUUCCUGAUGGAGCUGGAAGCAGAUGAACCCAAGUAAUGAAGCUAUAGAUCUUGGAAAGAGAGAUCCAUUGGGGCCAGAAGCCAGAUCAGCAAAUGGAGGAACGUCGGAGUUGACCAGAAAGAUCUCUGUCAGUUGGACAAGGCUGUAAGUAGUGAUGGUCUUGGUGGUGCAUGAUGUAACUGACUAAGACCCGGUAGCUGAGCUGCUGUUUUCUGAAAGUGAAAAGCCAUUUUUAGCUCAGACCAACCAACCCUUAAAAAGAAUUUAGCAGAUUUUAUUGGCAAUAUUGGAACACAUCUAGAAAAAGUUGCUGAUUGCAUUGGUUAUGGGAAUGGAGUUUAAUGACAUUUGUAAUUUAUUACAUUCAUUGCUUUUUAUUGAUUAUAGUAUUACCUGACUUUUCUUCUCUACUAUGGAUUCUUUAGCAGAAAAGUAACUCUUGUUCAUAUGUUGAAGUGGCUUUCCAGCUGUGAAUUCUUUAGGGUAAAAAUUUAUUUAGCAAAUGUGAAUUCUUUUGAGAAAGUAUGAAGUUUUGUAGAAAUUGACUGUGAAAUGUCAGAGAAAAAUAAAAGUCACUU